AACAUCUGUGCCCGGUAUCAUUGACCAACUCUGCCCUUCCCAGCGAGGAUCAUGGCCACAGACGUUACCACCGUUUCCCCCGUCUUGUACGACCUGCAGGAGGGACUGAAGAACUUCGACCUCACCAACUGGACGCGGAACUUCGACGUGGCGAAUUUCUUCAAAGGCUUGGACCUGAAGACUUUCGGCUGGUUGGCUCUGGCUGUGGUGGCAGUUAUCAUUGUUGUGGAUUUUUUCACUAAAUCGUUUGGUCCCUUUGGAAGGAGUCUGGCCGUCACAGCUGCUGAUGCUUGGCAGAGGAACAGACAACAGAUUCACUUUGAUAAAUAUGGAAGAGACAGCCGGUCCCUGGAACCUGUCACUGAAGUCCUCGACGCGUUGGCUGACGCUGUGAAGAAAUGGGACAAAACUGAGGAGCCAAAAGUUGCAAGUGAUCGAUCCUUUCAUGGGGGACGAGACCUUUGGUAGUUCGGAUUAUGUGUAGUUUAUCAAUGACGUUAUACUUUUAGUGUUUUGGUAUUUAUUAUGAGUUAUAAAUUGUUUUCGAUAAUAAAAACUUGAAAAUUAA